GAUCAUUCAAUCAACACCUGAAUCAUCAUAUGAGUUUUGUAACGUUUGAGUUCAAUCCUAAUCCCCAUCAACGAAAUCUGAUAACUUCACUUCUAAACCCUAACAAAUGGCCGUCGCAGCUUCAUAUUCUCUCCUCCCUUUUCAUCAUCAUCAUCAUCAAGCUUCUACCUUCAACUUCCACUACCUUUCUCGUCCUCAUUCCCGCUUUAGUACCCGCUUCUCUUCACCCAACCUUCGCCGUCAAAUCCAUGCUAGCGCAACAGACUUUCUGGACCCGAUUUUAUCAAUUGUUCAGCCUCUAAUUACAACUGAAGUUGUCUUGUUUUCAUGUCCAAUUUGUUAUGAGCCAUUAAUAAGAAAAGGGCCUCCAGGAUUCAACUUGCCAGCAAUUUAUAGGUCUGGAUUUCAGUGUAACAAAUGCAAGAAGACAUAUUCUAGUAAAAACAUUUACUUGGAUCUAACUGUUACAGCUGGAACAACUGAAUACACUGAAUUCCAGCCAACUAGAACUGAACUAUUCAGGAGUCCUCUUGUUUCAUUCUUGUAUGAAAGGGGUUGGCGUCAAAAUUUCAAUAGUAGCGGUUUUCCAGGGCCUGAUGAAGAGUUUGAGAUGGCUCAGGAAUACUUCAAGCCUAGUGAAGAUGGUAUUAUAGUAGAUGUUAGUUGUGGUAGUGGUUUAUUUUCUCGUAAAUUUGCCAAAUCUGGAACAUACUCGAAAGUUGUUGCUCUUGAUUUUUCUGAAAACAUGCUUCGUCAGUGUUACGAUUUCAUCAAGAAUGAUGAAUCAAUUUUGUUAAGUAAUCUUGCUCUUGUGAGGGCUGAUGUCUCUAGGCUACCUUUUUCAUCAUCUUCAAUUGAUGCUGUUCAUGCUGGUGCAGCUUUACAUUGCUGGCCUUCUCCUUCAAAUGCUAUUGCUGAAAUUAACCGUGUAUUGAGAAGUGGUGGGGUUUUUGUUGGGACUACUUUUCUUCGUGCCAAUUCCGGGAUAUUGAGGGCUUUUCUUCAGAGGAGUGUUACGAGUUCAUACAACUACUUUACAGAGGAGGAAAUUGCAGAUUUGUGCAGAACCUGUGGUUUAAUCAACUUCACAAGCCAAGUUAGACAAUCUUUUAUCAUGUUCUCUGCACAGAAGCCAUGAUUGAAAAUUCAAAUAUAUAAAGAAGAAAUUGUAAAAUUGAAACUAAAUAACAAUCUUAUUCAAUACAAGGUCUCAUUGUAAC